UCCCUGAUCCCCACGACAACAACGAGUCCCGCUCCUGUUUCCAGGGAAACCCAGCCCUCAGCGUCCUGCUGCCACGGCAACACCCAUGGCUCGGUUGCUCUGUGGUCUCACCAAGGCCGGGCAGCGGGCUCCCGGCUCAGAGAGCUCAGCACCGCGGGGCGCUGCAGGGCUGUGGGGCCGGGUGCUGUGGGGCCGGCCCCCGCCUUUCUCUGAGGUCCUGCAGUCUGGACAGCCAUGAGUUCCUCCUCCAGCGAGCCUGGCCGUGGGGACCCCGCUGAGCAGUCCCCACUGGGGCUGGACACGGUGAUCCAGAGGUUGGAGGACACCAUCCUCAGCCCCAGGGCCAGCAGGGAAGAUCGGGUACUCACUGUGCGAGGGGAGGGCCGGCAGGCUUCGCCCACCCCCUUGCCUGCCCGCAUCCGUGAGAUCGUGGCCAGCAGCCUGCGUGAGGAGCCACCCCAAGGGGUGCUGGAGCCACCUGCCCCUCUGGUCCACCUGCAUGAGGAAACGGAGCUGCUGCAGGAGGAGCUGGCCCGGCUGGAGGACCUGCUGGCCCAGUCAAGCGCCGAGCAGGCCGAGCUGGCCGGCAGGUACCAGGCUGUCAGCCACCGGAUGCAGGCCCGCCUGGAGGCCACCCAGGCUCGGCUGCGGAGGUCAGAGCUGGAGCACAGUGUGGACCUGGAGGAGGCUCUUGGCCGUCUGGAGGCCGCAGAACAGAGGAGCUGCAGCCUCUCUCAGGUGAACGCACUCCUGCGGGGACAGCUGGAGCACAUGAAGGAGGCCAACAGCCAGCUGGCCCGGGAGCUGGCCAACACCACCGGCGGCAUGUUCCGCCUGCAGCGUGAGCUGGAGCGCAGGGAGUGGACAUGGGCCUCUUGCUUGCAGACCCAGCGGAUGGGCCCUGGGCAGCCAGGGGAUCUCCUCCUCCUGUGGAGACAGGCCUCAGAGCUCAAGGGACACGUGGCCCAGGUGCGGGUGGCCACGGAGAGGGCUCUCGCGGACAUGCAGGCCAAGGCCGCCUGGACAGCCCGGCGUCUGCACGCAGCCUGCCGCAGCCUCGACUCCAACCUGCGACUGGCAGCCAGCAGCCCGACCACCACCCUGGAGCAGCAGCUGCGGGACCAGGUCAGGGAGACGCUGCAGCUGCAGGGCCGCUGGGAUGCGGAGAAGGCGGAGCUGCAGGCCAGACUCUCGGAGCAGACGCUGCUGGUGGACAAGCUCACACAGCAGAAUGGGUCACGGGAAAGGACCGUGGACUCCGGCAGGACCGAUGGCCAGAGACCGGAGUCCCAGCGCGACAGGGACGGGGGCCGGCUGGCCACGGACACCCUGAGGGACGAGGUGGGAUCCCUGCAGCGGGUGCUGGCCAGCAUCACAGAGGUGGCUCUGGGGGACUCCGGGAGCCUGGAGCUGGCAUGGGGCAGCAGCACUGAUGGCCAGGAGGCGCGGAGCCAGCUGAGGAGCCCCCCACGUGCCACGUCCCCCCGCCAGGCUGUGUCCUCCCCACGGGCCCACUCCCCAGCCCACCUGGACCCAGCACUGCGGGCCGUGCAGACAGCCAUUGAGAGACGGAGGCAUCGGGAGCAGGAGCUGCGUCUGCAGCUACAGUCCUCCCGGGAGGCCACGGCCGGACUCCAGGAGCAGCUGUCCACGUGCCAGCAGGAGCUUCGGGCCUCGCAGAGGCUCCUGCAGAGCAGGACUCAGGAACAUGAGGCCCUCCUGGGCAGGCUGGAGGCCCAGAGGCGUGAGGCCAGGCACUGCCAGAGGACUGCAGAGCUCUUGGGAAGGGAAAAGGUGGCCUUGGAGGCGGUGGUGGAGGAGCUGAGGGCGAGGGCGGAUCUGGGAGAGGCCGAGCUGCAGAGGAGCCUCCUGCGGAGGGCGGAGCAGGACAGGCAGAGUCAGCGGGAGCUGGAGGCCAGACAGAGGCGCCUGCAGCAGCUGGAGGAGAAGGUCUCUGGGCUCAGGAGGGAGCUGGCCGAGGCCCGGGAGGCCCUGAGUGCCGCGCAGCUGCAGCGGGACCUCGUGGAGAGCGAAAGGGAGGGCCUGCGCGGUGCCCUGGCCCGGGCCGAGUCCAGCCACGCUGACCUGGAACUGCUUGUGACGCGGCUGAAGUCGGAGGGGGUGGAGCAGCGGGACUCCCUGGCCGCGAUGGCGGCCCUGAUGGAGGGGCUGGCCCGGGACAAGGGCUCCCUGAGCCACGUGGUGCUCCAGCUGGAGCAGGAGCGGGACCAGCUGCAGGAGCAACGGAAGGCCCUGGAGCAGCAGCAGGAGGCUGCCCAGGAGCAGCUGGGGCAGCUGGGGCAGCAGCUGGCCUGCACCCGGGCAGAGCGCAGCGGCCUGCAGGAGGCCUGCGGGCGCCUGGAGCAGCGGCAGGAGCAGCUGGAGGGGCAGGUGACCCUGCUCGGGCGUGAGAGGGCCCAGCUCCAGGAGCAGGUGGGCCAGGUCACAUGCAGAAAAGAGGCCCUGGAGAAGCAGCUAGCACAAAGCCUACAGGACCAGGACACCCAGAUGGACACUCUGCAGCAAGCCCUGAAGGCAAAGGCUGCUCUGACUGAGGAGCGAGUCCAGCUGCUGGCCAAGCAGGAGGCCCUGGAGAGGCAGGGGCAGCUGUCAGCUGAGGAAGCAUCUGACCUCAGGCUGGAGAGGGACUCUCUGGAGAGCAGCCUCUUUGAAGCCCAGCAACGGGCCAAGCAGCUGCAGGUCCAGCAGGAACAGCUGGAGGGAGAGGCCCAGAGUGCCCGGCUGGAGCAGCAGGCCUUACAAGUGGAAAUGGACAGACUGAACAGGGACUGGACGGUCCAGGAGGCAAAGCUGCAACGGGAGGUAGGGCGGCUGCAGUGGCUGGUGACGCAGCAGGAGCAGGACCUGCAGCUGGCCCUGGAGAGACAGGCGCUGGCCCACCAAGAGGACCUGGCACGGCUCCAGAGGGAGAAGGAGGCCCUCGUUCUCUCCCUGGCAGAGGAGAAGAAGUUGGCUGUUCACAGGCUGCAGCAGGAGAGGGAGCUACUGGCAACGAGUGCGGCCACCAGGGAGACCCUGGAGCAGGAAGUGCAGACCCUGGAGCAGGAAGUGCAGACCCUGGAGCAGGAGCAGCAGGAGAGCCUCUGCCAGAUGCAGAAGGCCCUGUCUCUAAAGGAAGCAGAGAGGAGCCUGCUGAAGGAGAAGCUGUCCAGGGCCACGCGGGACCUGGAGCGCGCGCAGCAGGAGGCCCGGGGGCAGCAGGCACGAGCCGAGGCCACCCUCAGCACCAGGACAGAGGAGCUACAGGCCCUUCAGGCCCAGUUUGAGGAGGCCAUCUCCUCCCACCAGACACAGGCCGCAGCUCUGAGCCAGAGUCUCCGGGAGAUGGCAGCCGGGAGGAGCAGUGCCCAGAGAGAGGCUGAGAGGCUGCGGGCACAGCUGAAGGUGGCCCAGGAGGAGCUGGUCAGCCUGCGCCAGGAGCGACGGGGCUGGGAGGAGAGCCGAGAGGGUCUGCACAGGGAGGUCCUGGAGGCCCGCCGGGCUCUGCGUGACGAGGCCCUCGAGAAGAGUGUGCUGCAGGGCUCCAACGCCGAGCUGCGGGCCGCCGUCCGCAGGGCCGCACAGGAGGAGGCCAGUUUUAAGCGGUCCCAGGAGGAGCAAGAGCAGAAGCUGUUGGGGCUGGAGGAGGCCUGGGCAGCUGCUCAUCAGGAGGCCGGGGUGCUGCGGGCCAGGCUGCAGGAGCUGGAGCAGGCCUGGGGGGACACCCGCCGGGAGCUGCAGGAAAGCCGCAGGCAGGUGAGAAUGCUGGAAGGUGAGAAUCGGAGGAAGAGCCAAGAGGUGAGUGAGCUGCAGGCCCGGGGUGCACAGGACGCCCAGCGUCAGCAGCAGAGCCGGCAGGAGGCACUGGGGCUACAGAGGCAGGUGACAGAGGCCGAGGCCACCCUCCAGCAGACCCGGAAGGAGGUGCUAGGCCUGCAGCAGCAGCUGGCGGAGGCAGAGGCCUCAGGGAAGGCCCGGGCACAGCAGCUGGAAGGACACCUGCACAGGAGCCAGGAGACUGAGCAGGCCCUGCGGGCCGAGGUGCACCGCGUCACCAGGAGGCUGCGGCAGGCCCGCUCCCUGGCUGACAGUCUUCAGGCUCGCCUGGACAGUGCCCAUGGCCGGGUCCUUGACGUAGAGCAGGAGCUUGCCCAAGCCAAGGGUGCCAGGCGGGACGCGGAGGCCCAGCUGGACGGGCUGUGCUCCACACUUCGCCGUGGCCUGGGGCUCCGGGGUCGGAGCCCCUCCACCUCCCCAGAACGACCUGGUUCUCCCAUGAAAGGUUCCAACAGCUCCCAGGCUCCACCUGAGUGGUACAGAGCCAGCUCCCCCACCAGGGCCCAUUCACCACCCCGCUGGCACCCACCUGCACCUGGAGACUGCGACUCAGAGGUCAUUGAUGUGGCCUCUGUGCAGGACGCACUGGGGGACCUUAUGCAGAAACUUCAAGAUGCCCAGCGGGAGCGGGAUGAGGCCCAUGUCCAGGUGCGGAGCAUGAGCAGCCGGCGGCACAGGGUGGAGAGCGAACUUGCCCAAGCCCAGAGCCACCUGGGGCAGCUGCAGAGGGCCCUGGCAGAGGCAGAGGAAGGUCGGCACCGGGCAGAAGGUGCUCUGAGCAGCACCCGGGCAGCAGGGGCCCUGCAGAAGGAGGCGCUCCGGAGGCUGGAGACCGAGCACCUGUCCAGCUUGCGGGCGGCCAGCCAGGAGAGGCGGCGGCUACAGGUGGGUCCUGUGUCUCCCUCCCUCCAGGAGCAAGUGGCCACACUGCAGCAGGCCUUGGGGGGAAGCAGGAAGGGCCUGGAAGAGAAGGGGAGGCUGCUGGAGGCGCAGCUGGCUGGUCUGCGAAGCAGGUGCCAGGAGGGAUCCCUGGAGCCCCUGCGACAGGUGCUCCGGAGGCGGCCGCGCGGGAGGCAGGCGGCACAGCGUGCAGAGCGGCGCGCCCUGCGGGAGCAGACCACAGCGCUGCGCACCGAGCGGGCCCGCCUGCAGGGGGAGCUCGCGGCGCUGCGCGCGCGCCGGGCGCAGGCCCAGGUGGCUGAACUGCAGCUGCAUGAGCCGGCUACGGAGGCAGAGAGGCUGCAUGGGGCCCAGCUCCCGGCCACAGAGGCCCUGGAAUCCCGGGAAGAGACCCACCGGCCACAGGUGGCCACCCUGAGGGAGCAGCUGGACCAGGAAGCACAGCGACCACCACACACCCACCUCAGCCAGGCCUUGCUGGUCAGGCAGUGAGCCCUGCCGCAGACCACGGGGUGGCUGGGCUCUGCAGCCCUGACGGACCCAGAGUAGGCUCCAAGCAGAGAUGCUGAGGGCCCAGGCUGCUGAGGGCCACGGCUGGGAGGCUGAUGUCUGUGUGCCCCAUGAGAGGGUGGCACAGUGCAGACAGAAGGCUCAGACAGCCACAGAGCGCUCGUGUCAGGGGCCUGUGGCCGCAAGCACUUCUAGUCCUGCAGACUGGGGAAGUCCUCCUGCCUCUGGGACCUAGGCCUCCGCCUCAGCUGGACACCCCUUCCCACAGUACACCCUUCACACUUCAGGCCACUGCUCCGGCCAGACCCCUGUGGCCAGGCCCUCAUCAGGCCACUUCCUCAGCCACAGGCUGGGUCCCACCCUCUGCUCUGUAAACACGGGGAAGCGUGUGGAAAGCAUUUCCACCGCCAGGGCCCAGAGCCGCCGUCCUGCCAGGCCAGCACCACACCCUGUCCAGAGGCCACGGAACCUCCGCGUCCAGGAGCUGCAGGCCCGUCCCCAUGGCAGGUGGCUGGAAGUGACUCAGAUUCCAGUCCCCGUGACUCACUGGCCACGAGGGGCGUUGCAGUGUGAAGUUGGAAGCUGUUCUGCAGCUGCCUGCUUUCCCAGCCUGUGACUGCAAGGGACAGUCCCAUGGGACUCUGCUGUGAAGGCCGAGGCUGCUGGGCUAGGCCUGCCACUCAGCUCGCUGUUGGAUCUUUCACCAGCUUCCCAUUAGCACUGGUCAGUGUGACUUGUCCUCUGCAAAUGGCUUCUCUCGUGCUGUAAGCUGUACAUUUCCAGUAUCUCUGGGGCACAAGCCGGUCCAGUGAUUCCCACAUGCAGCACAAGGACCAGGCUGCCUGCCCCGGGGCUGCUCCUGUCUUGGGCCCCUGGAAUGCCCUCAAGGACUCUGGCGCCAGGCAGGGAGAACCCAAAGCUGACAGAGCCGCCCUGUCCCAUUGUGGCAGGCCCUGGCCCAGGUGUGUGGCAGGCCCUGUCUGUCCACUGCAAGAUCAUUCGGCACUUAGAAUUAGCAAGGAGUCAGCGAGGGUCGUGAGUCACACAGACCGACAGCUAGAGCCAGGAGGGAGGGAGGCCUCAUUCUGCCCCUCUACUCUGCCUGGCUGUUAGUGGCUGCUAAGAAGUUUGCCCAGGCUCUGAGGGGAAGCCCCCAGAGACCCCUCAGCAAGGGCUACUCUGGGCAGAGAGUAGUCCUGUGUCUUGCUGGCACGGGACUCUUCUGCGAGCUGUGGCUGGGUGCAGGCAGCAGUGAACUCCGUGGAGGCCAGCAGGUGUGCCUCUCGGCUGCCGGGCGGUGUCCACGCCACACCCCCACAGAGGACUGAGAGGUGAUGGGGCAGGAGGCCGGGCAGCCCCAGCCCUGGCUCAGGGAGCCUGUGUGCCCAGCCUGCAGCCUGGCUCUCCUGUUUCGUGGUGCUGCUCAUGGCAGAAGCUCCCAGUGGAGUCGGGACUUGGCAAAUGUGCACAGAGGGACCUGCUUCAGCUGUGGGGGCUCCAGGUCACUUCUCAGCAUCAAAAAGAAAACCACGUGUCAUUCAACCAGUCUGCUCCCUGGCCACUUGGGACCCUCCCUGUCCUGGAGGUUCCGGGGGAUAUUCAAAGUGCCUGUGAAUCUGAGAUCUUUGUAGUUUAACGAAUAUUUAAAUCGGCA